AUGACUCCACUAUUAUCUCUGAUGCCUAUCACUCGCUCAUCUUUAAGGCCACCAGCUGCAAUCAAUCCAACCUUAACAUGCAAAUUACAUUAUCAGAUGCCCUACUUCUUCACUGAGUGGCAUAUGGCGUCCAUGCAACAGACUGGACGGGAUUGGACUGAAUUUCCAGUGAAACAGGACAGCAUAUACGGACCACCUCGGCCAUACGACGGUGUGGAUGUGUGA